AUGCCCCGCUACUUCUGGAGGUCCCUUACCUCGGCCUUCGCGCUCUUACUCGCACCAACAUCUACGCGUGGCUUUGUGUGGGAGACGAUUGAGCCGUCUUCAAACCUCGAAUACCACGACUGCUACAACGAUUUCAAAUGCGCCCGCCUUUCCGUCCGUUUGGACUGGUUGGAUUUAGAAAACCCUCACAAGGUCGACAUUGCCAUCAUCAAACUUCCCGCCACUGUACCCGAUAAUGAUACCAGCUUUGGAGGAAGCGUGCUGCUCAAUCCGGGAGGACCUGGUGGUAGCGGCGUCACUCUUGCUCUUGAAUGGGGCAAGCAGGCACAGUCCAUCCUAGACGGGAAUAAACACUACGAAAUUAUCGGUUUCGACCCGCGCGGCGUCAACUUCACCACUCCCCAUGCCAAUUGUUAUCCUGAUCCCCUUACCGCGGCUGCGAACACUUACCUGGUCAGUGGAAUUGGGCCCCUGGAGCCGGGAGAGGAUGCCCGAACCAAGUGGAGGAUGGCGCUGAACAGCGCCUACGCAAAGAGCUGCGCUGCAACCUUGGACCGCGAAGGAGGCAUCCUAAGGUACGCCUCCACGGCGUCAGUGGCCCGGGAUAUGGUAGAGAUUAUCGACAAGAUCGAAGAACUGCGCGAGAAGGAAAGCGAAGCAGAGAUCCCAAGAAACGUCACAGAGUGUAAUAUUGGCAAAAAGCAGCCAGCAAGGCUUCAAUACCUCGGGUUCUCUUACGGCACUAUUCUCGGAAAUACUUUCGCCUCAAUGUUCCCUGGGCGUGUUGGAAGGAUGGUCCUAGAUGGAGUCGCUGAUGCUAAUGACUAUACCGCCGGGACGUGGUUGACCAAUUUGCAAGACGCAGACGAGAUCAUCGACUAUUUUUAUAAACUCUGCUUUGAAAUCGGAACUCAAUGUCCCUUAUUGGAGAAUACUGAUACCAGCUGGGAGGAUAUCAAGAAGAGGGUCGGCGACGUAAUCGCCAACCUUCGAGAUUCGCCGAUAUCCUUCAACGCGCCCUCCGGCCCCGUUCUUCUCAGAGACGUUGAUGUCUAUGCUGUCCUUCGCACCGCUCUUUAUCAACCCAAGAUGUUUUUCCCAGUCGUCUAUCAGGGCUUGUACAUACUACUGAAUGGGAACUACGACGCCUUCGGCUCUGCCUGGGAGUCAAUAUAUCCGAAGCUUGACAACCUCUGCCCGAGCAACAACCCCCCACCAAGUCCUCUUGAUGCCCUCGCAAUCAUUUCAUGCUCCGACGGGGAGGAUAAAACAAAGUUGGGUGUUGACUACUGGGACGACUACGUCUCCCAACUUCGGAACCAAUCCGAGGUUCUUGCCUCCCCGUGGGCCGAAGCCUCAUUUCUAUGCUCGGGCUGGGAUAUCCGUCCCAAAUACCGGUACUCCGGCCCGUUCAAAACCCCGGAACCUGACUCGGCCGUUGUUGAGGGCAAGCCGGCAGCGCCCCUCCUAUUCCUCUCAGGCCGUCUUGACCCGGUAACGCCACUUCGCAACGCGUUCGCCAUGGCUGCUGGACAUCCCGACUCUUCCGUCUUAAUCCAGGAGUCUGUCGGUCAUUGUGCACUUGUCACAGCGCGAAGCAACUGCACAGAGGCUUUCGUCAGGGAGUAUUUUGAGCACGGAUCUGUGCCCGAGUCCGGAACGGCCUGCGAGCCAGAAUGUGGUGCACUGGAGAUAUGUGAGGAAGAGGAGUCUGGCGGAGCUCCUAUGUUGCGAAGACGGAGAUUGGGCAUGGGCGGAGCACCUUUCCACCGGGGCUUCUAA